GGCGGGGGAGCGGGGGGCGACUAUCAACCGGGAAUCCUCCGAAGCAGAUACCGACAACCCCGAAGGCAGGAAAACGGGACGAAACGCUUGCGCGAAGGAGAACCAGGGUGGGAAUUAAUUUCACAAUGGCCAUUUUGGAGUGAAGAGCAGCCACGAUGAUUGGAGGACUGUUCAUUUACAACCACAAGGGGGAGGUCCUCAUCUCCCGGGUCUAUCGUGAUGACAUAGGGCGUAAUGCUGUGGACGCGUUCCGCGUGAAUGUGAUCCACGCGCGGCAGCAGGUGCGCUCCCCGGUGACAAACAUCGCUCGCACGAGCUUCUUCCACGUCAAGCGCUCCAACAUCUGGCUGGCAGCUGUCACCAAACAGAAUGUCAACGCUGCCAUGGUCUUCGAGUUCCUCUACAAGAUGUGUGACGUCAUGGCUGCCUACUUUGGCAAAAUCAGCGAAGAGAACAUCAAAAACAACUUUGUGCUCAUCUAUGAACUGCUGGAUGAGAUCCUGGACUUUGGAUAUCCUCAGAACUCCGAGACCGGGGCACUGAAGACCUUUAUCACCCAGCAGGGUAUCAAAGGACAGCACCAGACAAAAGAGGAGCAGUCUCAGAUCACCAGCCAGGUGACGGGGCAGAUCGGCUGGCGUCGUGAGGGCAUCAAGUAUCGGCGCAACGAGCUCUUCCUGGAUGUCCUGGAGAGCGUCAACCUGCUCAUGUCCCCGCAAGGUCAGGUUCUGAGUGCCCACGUGUCUGGCCGGGUGGUGAUGAAGAGCUACCUGAGCGGCAUGCCCGAGUGUAAAUUCGGCAUGAAUGACAAGAUCGUCAUUGACAAGCAGGGCAAGGGAGGAGCUUCUGACGAGGCUGGCAAAAGUGAUUUAGGGGGAGGAAGUGGGAAGCAGUCCAUCGCAAUUGAUGACUGUACCUUUCACCAGUGCGUGCGCCUCAGCAAGUUUGACUCGGAGCGUAGCAUCAGCUUCAUUCCCCCGGACGGGGAGUACGAGCUCAUGAGGUACCGCACCACUAAGGACAUCAUCCUGCCAUUCCGGGUCAUUCCCCUGGUCAGAGAGGUGGGGCGCACUAAGCUGGAGGUGAAAGUGGUCAUCAAGUCCAACUUCAAACCCUCCCUGCUGGCCCAGAAGAUUGAGGUGCGCAUCCCCACACCCCUCAACACCAGCGGCGUGCAGGUGAUCUGCAUGAAGGGGAAAGCCAAGUACAAGGCCAGCGAGAACGCCAUCGUCUGGAAGAUCAAGCGUAUGGCUGGGAUGAAAGAAUCUCAGAUCAGCGCUGAGAUCGAGCUGCUACCCACCAAUGAUAAGAAGAAAUGGGCUCGGCCCCCCAUCUCCAUGAACUUUGAGGUCCCAUUCGCUCCCUCUGGACUGAAGGUGCGCUACCUGAAGGUGUUUGAAUCCAAGCUGAACUACAGUGACCACGAUGUCAUCAAAUGGGUGCGGUACAUCGGCCGAUCAGGGAUCUAUGAAACUCGCUGCUAGUGUCCACCCCCAGCCCCCAACCCCCCCCCCCCCCAUCCAGACCACCCAGCCCAGCAGCGAGCGCCCCUCAUCCCCGUCCUCCUCCUCCUCCUCCUCAUCUAUCAUGUUACUCCUACGCUAUAUCCUUUGUUUUCCUUUCUCUCCUCCCUCUAUCCUUGUCUCCCUAUAGUACAACCCCCCCCCCCUCCCCCCGACCUCUCCCCUAUCUAGGUGUCGGAGAGUGAAUUUAAGUCGUUAUUAAAAAACAAAAGAAAUUACGGCAUAAUGCACAGAUGAUAUGCAAAAGAUGUGACCCAUUGUAUCGUAAAUCUGGUAGUGAAGAGUAAACCUGGUUCUGUGUCAGAAUAAGCGAGACACGUGAUGAAGUUUAAACCUGGGGGGAGGGGGAGGGGGUGUUGGUGUGCGUGAAGACUGUAGUGUCACUUUCUAUACUUUGUGAAAAUGCGUGCUCUUCUAUGUCGUAGACGUAACGGCAGUUGUCGAGAACGACCCCUCCGGUCCAAGAGCAAUGCCGCUCCGACGUACAAUAUCGCCUACUUUCCCCGUUGGCGUGGUUUUGGCUUCAUGACUGCCCGCCAUUGGGCUUGUUGAUGUCUGACUUGUGUUUUGGUGUUGUGGAAAGAAAUGUUUUUUGGAUUUAGAGCUCUUUCAUAAGUGUUGAGGUUUUUUUUUUUUUUUUUUUCCCCGUUCCUCUGAGCACUCACUGGCGGGAAAGUAAAAUAAACUGGAACCAUUUUUUGACAAGAUACUGGGAUCACCGCCUCCUUUUAUCAGUGUGCUCUGUUUUGAACUCUUAAAAGGAGGAGAUGAAGUAACAAUGACCAAACUUUUUGAUGUGCAUUUUCUAGAGAGUGCAUGCUCUGGCUCUUUACUCUCUCGCUAGUUUUCCAUGUCUCUCCCCCCCCCCCCCUCCUCCGUUAUUUAGUGAGUAAGAAAAUAUUAACAGAGACCAUUCUAGCCAGUGCUAAAAAUUUAACCAUCGCACUUGCAUUCCACCUCUUACUGAAGCUAAUUUCUUAAUUGUAUCGUGGCACUAAAAUCAACAUUUUCUAUUGACUUCCAAUGGAAGAGAGAUGACUAACGCUAAGUUGCUGUGAAGAUGUCAGACAGUCGGGCUGUAUGUGUUUGUGUGUGCGUGGUGAGGUCUCCCCCUGGUGUUUGCCUCGUCAAAGUGUCUGCUUCUUCAUGUUUGUAGCCCUGGUGACCGUUCUAUCCAAUAAAAUCUGACCAUAUAGCCAA